CGGAGCGGCUGCAUGGGGCGCGGGGCCGAGCACUGGCUUCGCGUUGCUAUGGCCGAUCCAACGGAGGAGGAAGAGCUGCCGGUGCCCGAAUCAGGGGCUGUUUUUACUUUUGGAAAAAGCAACUUUGCAGAAAACAUUCCUAGCAAGUUCUGGUUCAAAAAUGACAAGCCGGUCUCUAUAUCAUGCGGAGAUGAACACACUGCUGUUGUUACAGGGAAUGGUAAACUUUACGUGUUUGGCAGUAACGACUGGGGCCAAUUAGGACUAGGAUCAAAGAAUACUGUCCACAAACCAACAUGUGUUAAAGCUUUAAAACCAGAAAAAACAAAACUUGCUGUUUGUGGAAGAAACCACACUUUAGUUUACACAGAAAAUGGGAACGUGUAUGCUGCUGGAGGUAAUGGUGAAGGUCAAUUGGGAUUAGGUGACACAGAGGAAAGGACCACAUUUCAUUUAAUUAGUUUUUUUACCAACCAGCACAAGAUCAAACAGCUCGCUGCUGGAUCAUACACCUCAGCAGCAGUAACUGAGGAUGGGCAGCUUUUUGUGUGGGGUGAUAAUUCAGAAGGUCAGAUCGGCUUGGCUGACAAAACCUACGUCAGUGUCCCUUGUCAAGUAGAUGUUGGAAAACCCAUUUCCUCUAUAUCCUGUGGAUAUUAUCAUUCUGCCUUCAUAACAGGAGAUGGUGAACUCUACACUUUUGGGGAACCUGAGAAUGGAAAGCUGGGAUUACUGCCUGAGCAGCUUAAGAACAGUAGAGUCCCACAGCCAGUACUGGGAAUUAUGGAAAAAGUUAAUAAGGUUGCUUGUGGUGGAGAACACACAGUGGUGCUUACAGAAACAGGUGUGUAUACAUUUGGACUUGGACAGUAUGGGCAGCUGGGACAUGGCACUUUACUUUUUAAAACUUCCGUACCAAAGUCUGUGAAACACUUGAGGAAAUGUAAAAUACAUAACGUUACAUGUGGGGAGAGUCACACUGCUGUAAUAGCAGAAAAUGGCCUCAUGUUUACUUUUGGAGAUGGGCGACAUGGAAAGUUAGGCCUUGGAGAAGAGAAUUUUGCAAAUCAGUUUGAUCCUGCUCUGUGUUCUAAUUUUUUGAGUUUCACGGUCCUUCUGGUUGCUUGUGGUGGUUGUCACAUGCUGGUUUUUGCUACUCCAAGACCAAAAGAAUCUGAAGAAAUACUCUUAGAAGACUUAUAUGAGAGCCGUCUGAUUUCUACUGUCUCUAAAAUGAGCGGAGAUUCACUAGUAACAAACACGUUACAAUUAACAUCAGCGCGAAUACGACGUCGAGAGAGGGAACGGUCUCCAGAACAGAUUAUUCAGAUGGCACGAACUCUGCCUCCACUGGGAGAAUGCUUCUUAAAAUCUUCACUGCAUGUGACUAGUAACACCAGUCCAAUAUGUUUUUCUACAAUAAAUAUUCCUGAAUCUGAGCCUGUGAAAGAGAGACGUCAUGAAGAAGAAAAGAAGCAUCAAAAAGAUGAACCUGCUGAAAGCUCUCCAGAAGAUUCAGAUGCUGAAAAUAACGACAGAAACCUUGGAGAUACAGCUGACAUCCUAAAUAUGACACAUAUGAUGAGAUUGAACUCCAGUGACCAGUCCUUAAAAUUAUCACCAAUUCAAAAACAAAAGAAAAAGCAUAACAGUGAGUGCAUCAGAAGAUAUCCCAAGUAGAGGAUGAAGAACAAUAAAAAUCUGAAACUGAAAAGAGAUGGUAAAGGUGGGCUGAAAACUGUUGAUUUUGAUUUCAUGCAGAAAGGAUCAGAAUUAGAUUCUGGUUCCUUGCAAAAGCAGUCUUCACUUUCAAAGUUGCCAGAACAGAAUGCAGAUUUAGAGAACAGUAAUGACUUUGUAGGGAAGUCCACAGCCAAAAAAAAUACAAGGAAAAGUAAAUCUCAGCAUACACAAAGUGUUAGUACUUCAAAAAGUGGUGUUCAACACGUUAGCAGGGACAAAUGCAAAUUAGGUAAAAGGGAAAAAGAAUAUUCAGAAAAUCCUGAAAUUAUCAGGGAGGGAAUAACAUAUGGUUUUCCCAAUGAAAAAACAAAUGAUUCAGAUAAAAAGUUAAAAGUUGUUAGGUCUAAGCAAUCCCUUAAAAUUGAUGUACUUCCAUCUGCAUCCAAUAAUCAGCCCCAUAAUGGUUCAUUAAUUGUAGAAGAAUGCAAUCUUGUUAAAAAGCAAGAAAGUCAAGAAGCAGUAGAAAGUAGAAACAAAAUGAAGAAUGCUGUUGAAAAAUCUAAUACAUGUGAAAGAGGGAAACAAAGCAUUGAAAAACAGAGGGAGUUUAAAAAAAAGGACCCAUUAUUUAAACAAAUAGCUGUAACUACAUCAUCAUCUUCAAGUGAAGAAAAUAGUAAUGAUAUUGCAAAAUAUGUUCUUGAAAGUAGGGAAAAUGAAGGGUACUGCUAUGAAUACAGGGAGAUCCAGAAGUCAGUGAAAACAGAAAAUGUAAAAGAUCUGGAAUUACAAAAAGAAGGCAGUGAGAUUGAAGGGAUGCAAGCUACAAACAAUGAAAAAGAGUAUGUAGAAGCCACUGAUACAGGAAGCCUGAAUGAGGAAGAGACGUAUUCUGAAGCUAAACUUGAUGAAGACAGACAGUUAGGAACAAAAAAUGAUGAGGAAUCCAAUGAAGAGCAGGAGAGCGAAGACAAUGAAGAAGAUGAAAGUGAAAAAGAAAAUGGCUGUCAACUGAAUGAAACAGUUGACAGUGAAGUUGAACUAGGGGAGGAAGGUGAAGAGGCUGAGGUUGAAAAAGAUACGGACAAAAUCAUUUCAGCAGAAAGUGAUGAAGACGAAGAGGGAAAAGAUGAUGAAGAAAAUGAACGAGAUGAAUCGCCAAUUGAAAGAGAUGGUGAAAAUGGGGAUGCAGAAGAGGUUGAAGUGAGUCAUGAAAAACAUGUCACAGCUCAAGGAGAUGAAGAAGGCAGAUUGAUAGAUGAAGCAGAAAUACAGAGUGAAGAAGAAAAAGAGGAUAUUGAAGAAGAGGAGGAGCAUGUAAAAGAGAAACAAACUGAACAGGAAGAGGAGGAACAGGAUAAAAGUGAAGGAAGAGAUGAGAGCGAAGAAGAAGAUGAAAAUAUAGAGGAGGAGGAACAAAAAGGGGUUGAGACAGAACAGGAAGGAAAAGAUGGAAAGGAAAAAGAAGAAGAAGAAGAAAGGGAGACUGAAGGAGAUGGUGGAGAGGAGUUAGAAGAAGCCUUGUCAGGGGGGGAAGAAGAAGAGAGAUCCCAAGAAGAAUGGGAGGAGGAAGAUGGAAAUAAGAGGGCUAAGGAGAUGAGGGAGGAUGGAGUAGAAGAGGAAGAAGAGGGGGAGGAUGAACGAGAAGAGCAAAGAGAAGAAGAAGAGGAGGCAGAGGAAGGAGGAGAGAUAGAAACUGAAGAGAAGGGAGAAGAAGAUGAAAAGGAAGAGGAGGAGGGAGGAAAUGAAGAAGAGGAAGGAGAAGAAGAUGAAGAAGAAGAGGGAGAAGAGAUGGAAGAAGAGGAAGUGGAACUAGAAGAGAAUGAAGAAGGAGUAGAAGAAGAGGAAGAGGAAAUUGAGGAGAAAGAGGGAGAGGGAGCUGAGGAAGAAGAGGGAGCUGAGGAGGUAGAAGGAGAGGAAGAGCAAGAAGAGGAAAAGGAAGAGGAAGAAGAGGAAAGAGAACAGGAAGAAGAGGAAGAAGGACGGGAAGAGGAGGAAGAAGUAGAGGAAGGGGAAGAAGGAGGAGAUGAAGAGGAUGAGGGUCAGGAGGAAGAAGAGGAGGAUGGAAAGGGAGAAGAAGGAGAGGAAGAAGAAGAAAAAACAAAAGAUGAAAGAAGAAUUGUUAAUAAUAAGCUUCCACAAAAGAAAAGCAAAACCAGGAAACCAGGAAGGACAGAAAGUUCUGCUGUACCAAACAGCUCCAAACAAAAAAUGAAGUCAAAACAGCGCAUAGCAAAUGGUUUGCAUAAUUCAGAACAGUUUUGGAACAAUGUGCUGCCUCAUUACUUAACACUGAAAUAGUAUAGACUAGUGGAGAUUCAUUUUGAGUCUACUCAGGAAAAUCUGAAACUACAGCAAAUUGAUUUUUAAAGGUAUCCAAAAGUUUGUUAUACAUAUAUUUUAAGUGCCUGUUGAAAAAAGAAGAUGCGUGGAUUUGAGAAGCUUUUAUGAGAUAAAUCACAUUCUUUGUUGAUAAAAUCAUUUAAACAAUCAUCUUUAUCGUAUUUGACACAGAUUUAAAAGAACUACUAAGGAGGCAGGAUGUGUUUGCCUGCAAUUAUAACUUCAUGCUAAUAACAUGAAUUAUACAUUGUAACAGUUUAAUCUUUGCAUCUGAAUCGGAUUUCCUGAGGUAAUACAUGAAUUUUAGUUGCAGCUUACUUGUUAAUGUGCCUGGUUUGAAAAAGAUGUCAGUAAAUCAUUAAGGAUACGUAAUCUAAAAUUUUGGUAUCACUCCAUUUUCAUUCCCCCUACUUUUCUUCUGUUCAUAUAUAGGUAGGAUGUUUGUUCAAAUACUCAGCAUAAGUUAGAGGACAAGUUGCCAAGUAUAGAUGGGAUCAGUAGAUGAGAGGAAAAUGGAAAUGUAAGCCUGGGCAAAAGGUGGCUUGGGCUCUUCCAAAGGCCUUAAAGGUUGACUUUAUAUUUUGGUGUCAGCACGUGAUUAUGUGCAUAAAAGCUGAACAUAAACCUCAGAAUUUUGUCUACAUUGCAUUAUAAUGAGAAUACAUUCUCUUUAGUGAUGAUUUUUAUUUGCUACUUUUUAUGAUUUGACAUAAUUAAGAAUUUGAAAAUAUACACCUGUAAAACAUUAUUUACUUGUGUAUACUCUGCAAUACAGAAAAGACUCAAUAGCUGCCUACAGAAGGCUAAAAUAUAUUAGUCACCUAACUCUAAGGUUCUCAAGUAGGGAAUUAUAUUUUGUUGCAGAGUGAAUUACAUAUGAGAUUUCAGGAUCAAAGCUUAAGCUUCUCCUCAUUAGAGGAGGUUUGUGUUUUCCCUUCCUUCCUGAAAGUCACAUGUGACAAAAAGAAGGUGCUGCAACAAACCAGGGAAGUAAAUGGAAUAGUAGCAAAAGUGGCACAGAACUCUAAAUUAUUUUUUAAAAAGAGAAAGUAUGCUAAUACUUACAAACAAAUCUUGAAAGAUAUUUUUGGUGCUGCAUUAUUGUUAUUAGAGUCUGAACCAGCAAAAGAAGGGAUAUGAACUCUUGUCAUUCAGCAUUAUUAGUUAAGUACUAUGCUAAUGGUUGGUCUGAGGAAAUUUUGUAAACAUCUUAAUAUUCACUAAUUCACUGGA